AUGACUGAAGUGUAUCACAAUAUUUUCAAACUGAGACUGUCGAACCAAUUGAGGUGUCUAUACACUAUCAUUCGUGACGAAAAGACAAGUCGUGCGGACUUUGUUUUUUACUCGGACAGAAUCAUCAGAUUGUUAGUUGAGGAAGGUCUCAACCAGCUACCUGUUAAGUCAAAGACGAUUCUUACUCCAACAGGAUCGACAUAUCACGGUUUCGAGUUUGAAGGUAAGAUCUGUGGUGUGUCUAUCAUUAGAGCUGGAGAAUCUAUGGAACAAGGUUUGAGAGCCUGCUGCCGUUCUGUUCGUCUCGGAAAAAUCUUGAUUCAGAGAGACGAAGAAACUGCUCUUCCAAAGCUUUUCUACGUCAAACUUCCUACGGACAUCUCUAAGAGAUAUGUAUUGUUGUUGGAUCCAUUAUUGGCUACUGGAGGAUCUGCCUGUAUGGCUAUUGACGUUUUGAAACAGAAGGGUGUUUCUGAAGAUAGAAUCAUCUUCUUGAACGUGUUGGCCAGUCCUGAAGGUAUUGAGGUUUUCAGAAGUAAAUACCCUAAGAUUAAGGUUAUUACUGGUAUGGUUGAUGAUGGAUUGAACGAACAUAAGUACGUCAUUCCUGGUGUUGGAGAUUUCGGCGAUAGAUACUACUGUAUUUGA